GGAUCAGAUUAUCAUGCACCCAUUCAUUUAUUACUCCGUAUUUUAUGAAAUUAAUUUCUAAAUAAGGAUUAUAUGAACAAUUUACCUUCCUUAAAAAUAUAAUCUCCCAGAUUAAUUUUCUUUCAAUUCCAUUCCGGAGUUUCCAAUCUUAAAUCGUCCAAAAUAAUUUCAAUAAUAAAAUCAAACAAUGGGGUUGAAAUCUUUGUUCUGCAAGAAGAAGCGGCUGGCGAGCGGCGGCGGCGAUCAGGCCACGACGGAGGCCGCAACCCCGAGAAUGUCGUCGUUCCGCAGCCGGGCGCGCGUGGAGGAGGAGCUGGAGCAGGUGUUCAAGAAGUUCGACGCGAACGGCGACGGGAAUAUCUCGUCGUCGGAGCUCGGGUCGAUCAUGUCCAGCCUCGGCCACGCGGCGGCGGAGGAGGAGGUGGACGCCAUGAUCCGGGAGGUGGACGCCGACGGCGACGGGUUCAUCGAUCUCCGGGAGUUCAUCGAGCUGAACACAAAAGACGUCGGCGCCGACGAGGUGAUGGAGAACCUCCGGGACGCCUUCUCCGUGUUUGACGCCGACAAGAACGGAUCGAUCUCCGCGGAGGAGCUGCAGAACGUCUUGCGGAGCAUCGGCGAGGAAUGCUCUCUCGCGGAGUGCCGGAAAAUGAUCAGCGGCGUCGACCGCGACGGCGACGGGAUGAUCGAUUUCGACGAGUUUAAGGUCAUGAUGUUGACCGGGUCCCACUUCGAUUUCGCCAAUUCAAACUCUGGGUAAAUUAGUUGGCUAUGUCAUAUUUUUCCCUUGAGAUCAAAAGAGAAUAUUUCCUAGUUAUAAAUUUGAAUUUUCUUGUUACUUAUGUUUUGGUUUCUAAUAAACUAAUUACAAAUUUCUUGUAUUUUUUCUUGCUCUUAUUAGGAGAAAUACAUCAACUUUUUUUUAAGAUGGUUAUAUAUUUCAUGAUGUUCUCGUUUAAUUUGUAUAUCAAGAGCAAUGUAACUUAAUUUUGAUCUUUAAUUAAAUUGACUUUUGAUUU